CAUCCAUUGAUUUUGGAUCUGCCGGAUCAUAGAUAGUUUCAAAACUAGUAUUUUUUUAGAUUACAUUGUAUCUACCCCCAGUUGACGGAUUCUUUAGUGCUACACAUUCGAGCGUCCAAUUAAAAACUUUUUUUAAAAAUGGCAUCAUCCACCAGUCGUGUACGCUUGCCCUCUAUAAGUGAGCUCACUUCAUCCACCUCCUCAUACAUCCCGUCGUUAUCGCCACGGAUCAAGGAGGAGAAGGAAGAAGUCCCACCAAUAGAGACUGCUUCGUACAAAUAUCCAAUUAAGCAUUCGACUCCAAAUUAUGUGUUGAGCACCAAUAAUGCCGCUGUUCCUCCUCCCCCACCUCCUGCAUCCUCCACCCCGGCCUCUUUCCCCAAGCUGGCCGCUCCAGUGACCCCUAACUUCGAGGCACAACAACAUCCUAGCCAAUACCAAUCUCCAUUGGCCCAACCACAAUAUCAAUCGCCUCCAUCCCAAUAUCCAUAUCACCCAGCAUACCAACAACAUUCUCAUGUCACACACUCUCCUACUCAACAACAUCAACAGCAGCAAGGUCUUCGCCCCAUUGCGGCCCCAGGUCCUCCACCUCCAGCACCGGCACCAGCCCCAGCCCCUGCCGCAUACUCGUACGGAGGCUACUACCAGCCGGUGUACUACCCACAACAACAACCACAACAGGGCCCAAUUCCACCCCAUCCUCACAUGCAUUCCACCCAACAACAACACAUCCACCACUACCCACCACAUGGCAACUCUGCGACUGGAGCGCAAUUUGCUGUGCCAGAAGUCAUCAACAAGCCAAACAAUAAGUGUCACAGAUGCGGGACUACUGAGACCCCCGAAUGGCGCAGAGGACCCAACGGGGUUAGAACUUUGUGUAAUGCUUGUGGAUUGUUUCAUGCAAAGUUGGUUAAGAGGAAAGGUGCCGCAUUAGCCGCCGAGGAAGUACUUAACAACAAGGUGUGCAAGGGUAAGAACGGCAGAAGGAUCUCAAUCAAGAAGCACAAUACGGAGAACUCUUUGAAGAGUCACCUUCAAGUGCAACAACACCAACAACUUCACAUGAACGAGCCACCAAAGAUGCUCCACCAGGGCUUGCCUCCUAUCAUGGGCCCCGCUUUCCCCCCUUUCACCGUUCACCCUGCCAUGAUCCGCCCAUAAGCGCCCCCCGCCGCCUGUAUAGAGAGAAAU